UCUAUUUAUGUUGUUUUGUUUCCCCGAGCAUUUUUCAUCUACCACCAACUUCUUGAGACCCCAGAGAGCCAACAAUUAAAGAGCGACAAAGAAAGCAUAGAAUGAAACAUGGUUGGUCUCAGUGUAGUGUUGGAAGCCCAGAAAGGUUGCAACAUCAACAAAAAAACACCCCAAGUCAUUAACAAAACCACCAUCAUGCUUAACAAACAACCCUCCCCUCCUCCUUCUUUGCCUUCUCUUUCCACUUUUCUUCACCGAUGCUUUCUCUGUGGAAAGAGGCUCUUGCCGGGGAAAGACAUCUACAUGUACAAGGGGGACAGGGCAUUUUGUAGCGUGGAUUGUAGGUGCAAGCAGAUUUUCAUGGACGAGGAAGAGGCUAUGCAGAAAGAGAAGUGUUCUUUGGCUGCCAUGAGGCCCACAUCGUCUGCUUCUUCUUCUUCUUCCUCAACGGCACGUUAUAAAGGAGCAAGAAACCGAGCUGGUGGUUUCUUUUAGUGAAAAAAAAAAAAAAAGAUUAGAAGAAGAGAUGAGAAGAAAUGGGAUAGGAUUGUAAAUUUUGGCAAGUACAUUCCAGUUUUACCCAUGCUUUGUUUUGUUAAUGACAUCACCGCCCUUGUCCUUUUUGCUUCCUAGUAUGAAGCCAAAAUGUCCUUUCGGUUUUUUAUUUUUUGGGGCCCAACUUAUUAUAACUGUAAGAAAUUAAAGCUGAGAGAGAGCGAGGGUUAUUGCAAUGCUUUCGCUUUAUUGCUGAGAGAGCCCACAGAGAAACACUCGGUGUUUUGUUUUCUCUUUUUAUUAGGUGUUGACGGUUAAUUGGAAGGGUAUUUGCGGCAUGUUA